AUGUCGCCUGAUUCUGCGGCCCUUGCUGCUGCUGCUGUUGUUGCUGCUUUGGGAAGAACGGCCUUUUCCCGGGCUCAGAUACUCUUACUGUUACAGGGGGAUCUAAGAAAGUCACGUUCCUAUUCGACGGCGCGGGAUCUUGACAUGUUGAAUUCCUCGUAUUUGUCUUUGGAGGGCACCAUACAGGAGCAACUAGAGCGGUUGGCAGCCUCCGCUGGGGAGGCCUCGGCGAACAGUUACAAGCUACUGGCCGAGCGAUUUCGGGAGUUGUCGGAGGCGAAGGUCACGGAAAUACAGCAGGCAUACAACAGCCAUCGCCUUGACGAACUUGCGGCAGACAGGUCCAUCAUGGAUAUUAUCACGCAGCUCAAAAAGAAAGGCGUUGCCGUUUCGGACAUAUCCGACAUCUUCCCCAACGAAGAAUUUGAGGCUGUCAGGAAGGAAUUCAUGGUUCGAGUGGCGAAGCGGAUCAAGGCAUUUUUUAUGCCUGUCUUCAUCGUCACGCAAACACCGGAGGAGUUCUCGGACUGGCUGUACACAAGGUAUCACUUGGUUCCUCCAAUGCGGCUGCUGGAGAGUAUCAUCGAAGAGUUGAGCUUUGUAAACGACAGGGAGGCUUACGCUGUUGUGCGCGUGGAAAGUGUCAAUGCGGAGGUCAUAAUACGAAGCAGAGAACCCUCAGCAAGGGACGGACCUGGGAUCGAGGCUGUAGCAGGGGAUGCGGUUCUUCAGGGUAGUGCUGCUUCUCGCGAAGAUGAAGCAGAGGAGAGGCAAAAGAUGCAAACUCAGAGUCUCACCGCCGGGCGAGUCCUGCCCAUCGUUUCGCAACCCUCACAGGAAGCGCUAGUAAUGACUAGGAGCAACUUCUUUGGGGCGGAACUAGUAAAGCGCUUUGACCACCUAAAUAAGUCCUACCUGCGCACUGUGGUGGGGGGGCAGCUAGCCCGCCGAGCGGUAUUGAUUCUAUAUGUGGGCGACCGCAAAGGAGAAAUUGCAAGACCAUCCCCAAAUCCUCAGGAGAUCGUGCGAAAGCUGGAUACAGCAGAGAAAUUUUGCAACAUCUUCAGUGCCCCUUCGCAGGAGGUGGCCGCCCUUUGGAGACAGAUGGACGCGGAAGUCCCAUUCUAUUCUAUCUUCUUCAGAGCGGACCCCGUGGUCUUUGACUUGAUCCCCGUAUCCAUCUCCUUCGAACCUGCAAAGUUGCCACCCUUACCUCCCUCCCCUCUUUUCAGAGGGGAAUUUGGGGUGGUGCAAAUCCAGGCGUCACUCAGUGGUUCAGACUGGCUCAUUCCAGCAGCUCGCCCACUUCAGGCAGCAGUGGCCUACGUCAACAGUCACUCAGAAAGGGGAGGCGUUCAGGCAGUGGUCAGUGUUGUGGAGGAGAAGGGGACAGCUUUCUGGCGAUCCCCUAAGCAGUAUGGCGUUAGGGUGCUCAUUCGGAGUUCUGAUUCGCCCAACCUCCGGCUGCGGUUUAACCGGUCCCACGAAGCCUCUGAUCCCGCAAAUGGUUUGGAAGCUUCUUCCAGAGCAGUGGUGUCACUCUCAGGGGAAGGCGCUGUGCUGCAGUACCUUGAGCAGACAGUGGCCAAAGUCAUCCUGCCAACCAUAGCGGCUCGCGCCUCUUUCAGGCGCCUGCUGUUUCACGUUUGCUUCGCUGGCGAAACUUGCUAA